UGUUUGGUUUGUGUUUAACUAGUUGAGCUCCAUAUCAUUUGAAUACCUCCUUCUCCUUCCCAAUUCCCAUGGUAGAAGCGCAAAGGGAUUCUCACACAAUUACAAAUGUUGGGUCAAGUCAUGAUAAGUUUGCCACUUCCCUUAGUCUUAAUUGUUGGAAUGGAUGGUCUCGAAAGAUAUUUCAUACAAUUAAACCCAAAAUCCAUUCCCGAUGUGAACCCUUGCGUUACCUCGCCUCACCUUACCGAUGGCAGCCAUGUUCUAAAAAGUGGGCAAAGAGUUACCAACAGAGUGACACAAGCAUGCUUCAGGUCUCAAGCUGAUUCAGUAACUUGUCAUUGCGCAAUGCUAAAUAUUCCAAAGCAAAACAUAUCUCUGAAUAUGAAGAAGAAAACCUCAACUACUUGUCCUGAGAAGACUGUGUUGGUACUUGAUCAACUCAGUGCACCUAAUUACUAUGAGUUUCGUGCACCUAAUUACUAUGAGUUUAAACGUUUACAAGACUUGCAAUAAUAGAUUUUUCCUACCGGAUAUUAUUCUUAAUUUAUAGAUUCAAUAUUCGAGAUUAAUUGUGUACUUUCUAUGUAAAACAGUUGAAUUAUGCAGACAUCUUUGUUGAUGUUUCCAAUGUGUAGCAAAAAUUUAACAUUUGUUAUUUGUCGU